AUGACGAAAAUACGUGAUUUUAUAAUAAGUACCGCUGAAUCUUUUUACGAUGUGUCUGAUUUAAAAAUAAAUGAUAAAGCUGAAGAUGCUUUAUAUGAUUUUUUACAUAACUCGCAAACAUAUUUGCUUCAAACUGAAUUAAAUAAAGAAGUCUUAAACCUGACCACUCAAAUAAAAUGCGACAUUCAAAAGUCUAUCAUCUUUUACAAGACUUCACCGGUAAACUUAUCAAAACAAGAAAGUAUUAAUAAUAUCAACAUUAUAACAAUAACUACUGGAGCAGCUGAAUCUUUAUAUCAGAUUUUGAGACAAAUAUUUAGUCCAUUAUUAAGUCUGGGUGAUGAUUUGUAUACGAACAAAUUACAGAAGAACCUUACAGAUUUGGAAACUAAUUUAAGAAUAUUGACCCAUGGCAAAAAUAAUGCAAAUAUAAAUGUUAUUUUAUCAAUAGAAGAUGAAGUCGAUUAUUGGAGAGCUAUGGCGGAUAAACGUGAAGCAUCAAAGAAGGAAAGAGAGGCCGCCUCAAACUAUUGUGUACUCUUUGAAGACAUUUGUGAAGAAAUAAAGUCAAUGCAAGCUAGUCCAGUUUACGAGAUAAGGGAUAAUGCGGAGAACAUUGGAGGGAUUUUGGAUGACAUUUGGCGAUGUACUAUAUCGCCAUACGCUCAACAUCGAAUGAUACACGUUUUCGACAUCAUUGGUCAUAUAAUUUGUAGCGUAACUCAAAAAAUAUUGAGUGGUGUCGAUUUAUGGAAGGUACACAAUAGUACUAAAGAUGAUGAAGUUUUAAAAUUGAUCAACGAUAGCCUUAAUGUGACGCAGACAUGGAUUAGUGCCUGUCUGUCACUCACAGACACGUAUUGGCCGAACUAUGCUCUACAUGCUUGGAGCGGGAAAAGCUAUGUUCCACAGUUUUGUUUGAAUUUUCAGAAGAGAGUGAAAGAGAUUCAUGACCUGCGAUCUAUUCAUAACCAGCUAAACAAGUUGUUGACUAACAAAGAAAGAUCUGACUUGAAAACUGAUGAAUUAUUCGAGCCUUUUACAAACAUAAAUAUUUGGAUUUGUAAUGGAAAAAAUCCCGCAUGGGAAAAUGCGGUGCUUAGAUUUUCAUCAAACUUACGACCAUCGGAAGCGAAAAUAGCUGAGAAGCUGAGACCUCGCCUCCACAACACCUCUACCAAACAAAUGCUGUAUGAGUUUAUGCGCUACAAGUCCCUGAUAAACAGGCCAAUAGUGAAGCAGGCUUUGAGCGGCGAGCUGGAGAUCUUCGUAUCAUCGCUGGUUUCACUAGUACAGGGCGUGCGCGACCAGCUGGAGGCUGACGACCUACAUCUCAACAUGUACCAGCCGCCCGAGAUGUCGCCCCUCGUGCAGCAGAUACAGUGGGCCAAGCAGAUGGAGGCUAAGAUAAAAGACAUACAGAUGUGUAAUGAAAACUAUUUAAAGGAGUUUCAAGGUAGCGAGGAGGUGUCUCGACUUGCUGAGAAAGUAUUGAAAGAUAUCAAAAACUUUUAUACGCAGCUCCACGAAGAAUGGUCCAGAGAUAUUCAGGCACAAGUGAAGAGUGGGUCGCUGCAGCUGUGCACAGACAAGCCGGUGGUGGAGUUCUCUGAGCAGAGCCGGCUGCUGGAGGUGAAGUUCAACCCGCGGCUGGUGUGGACGGAGCUGGAGGCGCGCUCUCUCGCCGCACUCGGCCUGCCCGCGCCCGGCGCCGCACACGCCAUUGACGCCCUCGCUCACUCCUUGAGAUAUGCUCGGGAUUUGCAGCAGGUAGCAUCAUUCCAUAACACCUUGGGCGAGCGCAUGAUCCCUUCUACUCGGCCGAUGAUGCUGCAGGCGGCGCUGGACCUGGCCGCGCUGGUGCAGGACCACAGCCCCGUCUACUGGAACGAUAUAGAACAGCUCGCCGACUACACGGAGAAACUGAAGAAGAUGGUCCUUAAACUUGAGACGCAGAACUCAUACUUGACGAGUCAGCACAUUGCUAUCAGGAAUAUCGUGGAGAAGCUGAUGGACACCGAGUUGCUAGUCAAGCAAGCUGACUGGAAGAAUAGCAUCAAACAUAUUAGAGAUAUCAUUGAAAAAGUGGAGAGUGAGGGCUACAAGAACAGUGAGCAAUGGCGGUCGCACUGGGACUGGCAGCUGUACAAAGCUCUCGAGUGCCAGUACAUCAACACCUUGUUGUCUCUGCACACGCACUUCCCGCACGUCAGAGUCGAUCUCGUCUUACGCGGUCGCAUGGUCGUGACGCAGCCGGGGCUGGAGGAGGUUCGCGUGCAGCACUACCACCAGCUGCGCCGCCUCGUCUCCCUGCCCGCGCACUUCCUCGGUCUCAGCACCGCCCUCGAUAACAAACAAUCUAUAUUUGCCUCUAUCGUUGAUAAACACAGUUGGUUGGGCAACAAGGCGGUGCAGCAGCUGGAGGGUGUGCUGGGGGAGCUGCUGUCCACGUGCGAGGAGUGGACGCGGCGACUGGCGCUGGCCUGUGUACCAGACCUGGAUGCUCUGUGCGCAGACACGCUGCUGCUCCCCGAACACUGGGAGACUAACUUCAAAGCCUGCAAGGCGUACGGACAGGCCGUCGCUAAGAUGACUUUCGAGGAUGAGAAGAUAUCAUGGAUAACUGUGGGUACAGCGACGCUGCGGCGCGAGUUCGAGGCGCAGACACGCAACCUGUGGUCGUGUCUGAUGUCCUCGCUACAGACCAGCUGCAGACACGACACUGCAGAACUGGACGCCUUCAUCGCAAACGCCACUCUCAUGCUGGAGAACAAAUCUCUGCCUAAGAAUGCUAAAGAACUAGCGGAGAUAAGUGUCAAACAACAGGCGUUGCAGGAAAAGUUGCCCCAAUUAGAAAAAAUGGUGGAAAAUUUGAAAAGAAAAGGACAUAUGUUACGCACUUGGGGUGGCGACCAAUUUGUCGACCACACUGUGAAGGAGUGGAAAAAGGUUCGAGGGCAAAUGCUGGCGCAGCAACAGAUGUUUCAGCACCAGGCAGAAAUAGUAAAAUCAAGUCUGAAAGGAGAAUGGGAGAACCUAAAUACAAGUGUGGAGACGUGGGUGUCGCGCUGGAUGCAGGCCAGGUCGCGGCUGCAGAGUGUCCAGGGCGCGGACUAUACUGAGAUGCUGGACCGCUGUCACUCUGUCUUCGAAGCUCAACAACAAUGGGAGAAGUACUUGUCCGAGAGAGACGAGUUGAUGAAAGAAUGCCAAAAGUUCAAUAUGGAUGUUACUACAUCUGAUACAUGGAAUGAAGCUGAAAAACUUAUGAAAGAGUUUGUGGAUCAAUGGACUGUCUUCAAAGAGUAUAACGAAGAAUAUGAAUCUAUUGGUGAACAAGAGUGGUUAGUGUUUCAAAAGAAGUUACAUUUAUUGGAUGAGUUCAGUAGCAAGUGGGGAGCGCGCCUCGAGCCAUACACCUCUGUCACUUUGUUCCUCAAACAUACACUAGAUAGAUAUAACGAUCUAACAAUAGCACUAAAGUACUUACGAGGCUCAGAUUUCACGGAGCAUCAUUGGAGGGAAGUGUUCAGUUUGUUAGACAUCGAGUACAAGUCACCAGAUAUACUGAAACUGAAGGAUUUAUUGAACGCUGCUGACGACAUCAAGAAACAAAUUAAAGCUUUACAGAAAAUAAGUACAUCAGCGUCAAACGAGUCAGCAGUGAGAAGUGCACUCAACGAGCUGGAGGUGUGGUUUGCGGGCGCGCGGCUCGCACUCGCCAUACACAUGGACAAGGCCAACAGGCCUGUCACCAUUGUCAAACAUUUCAACGAUAUUCUUAAUAAGAUUGAAGAGAAGCAAUGGGUGGUGUCGUCGGUGGGUGGGGGCGGUGGUGGGGGUGGGGGUGAGACGUGCGCGCGCUGGGAGACGCGGCUGCGGGCCGCACGCGACCUGCUGCGGUCAGCGCACCGCGCGCAACGCAGAUGGUUAUACUUAGAACCAAUCCUGAGUAACGACGAUGGCGAGUUGGGUGCGAGAUUCCGAAAGGUUGACCAGGGCUUCCGCCAGGUGGCGCGCAUCCUUGACUCCGACCCGCGGCUAUCCGCCUUGCUGCAGUCCGCGAGACUGCAACCUACGUUAGACUCGAUAUCAGAACAACUAAACGCUUGUCAGUCUGCUUUAAAUCAGUACAUUGAUGUGAAACGAUCAAUUUUUCCUAGACUAUAUUUUUUAAGCGACGAUGAUCUACUUGAGUUGCUGGGGCAGGCUAGAGCAGGUGCAGAGGGUAGAGAGGCUGUCAUGCAGUCGCACCUUAAAAAACUGUUCCCCGGUAUAACAGGCGUCAAACUCGGACCUUCAGGAUUGUCUAUCACUGCACUAUGUAGCCACUACGGAGAGACCUUCCAACUGGAUCAUCCAGUCGAUAUAGACUCUCCUGUUGAAGUGUGGUUAAAAAACCUAGAAAGCGAGAUUCGUUCGUCACUACAAAACCUGACACUAAAGUGCUUAGUGACUGGAAGUACUCACGCACAGGAUCCGUUCUCUUUACCGACGCAGAUACUUUGUUUAGUGCAAAACAUACGUUUCACUGAACAAGCAGAAAAAGCAAUCAUUACUAAAGAACUGCACAAAUUGAUGACUAGCGUAGAAAAAGAGACCGCAUCUUACGCAGCAGCGGAGAUUGAAGAUGAGAGUGAGAAAGAGAAGCGGCAAGCUGUGAUACUGCAAUGCACCCACUACAUGUCUGUAGUGCGGACUCUCAUAGACAAUAAUAUAACUUCUACAAAUGAUUGGCUCUGGCAGAAGCAACUCAGAUUUUACUUACGAGAUUCAAAAGAAAUAGUUGCCGAAAUGGGUCUAGCUAAAAUAUCAUACUCGUACGAGUAUCUCGGCGUAAACACAGGCCAGUUCGUGCGCACUCAACUUGCUGACGAGUGCUUUUUAAUAUUAACUCAGGCGUCGUACCUGGGAUCAAUGGGUAACCCAUUCGGGCCGGCUGGUACUGGCAAAACAGAAUCCGUAAAGGCACUCGGGGGCCUUGUGGGACGCCUCGUGCUUGUGUUCAAUUGUGAUGAGGCCAUGGAUGCGGAGUGUAUGGGUAGGCUAUUGACGGGUCUAGCCCUGUCCGGCGCGUGGGGCUGCUUCGACGAGUUCAAUCGUUUGUCUUGUGACACGUUGGCGGCCGUGUCUCACCAGCUCACCUCGCUGCUGGCCGCUAUGCAGCGCGACACUGACACACAGGCACUGCUCAAUGGAAAAUACGUGAAGGUGUCGUCGUGGUGCGGCGUGGCGGCGACCAUGAACCCGAGCGGGCGUGGUUACGGCGGGCGGCGCGCGCUGCCGGCGGCGCUGUGUCGCGUGCUGCGCCCCGUCAGCAUGGCGCAGCCGCGCGGGGACCACCUCGCCGCGCCCCUGCUCGCCGCACACUGCCUCGCACACCCGCACGCACGCGCACAGGACCUACAUGACGUGUUCACUAUGGCAAGCAUGUUGUUGAGCGGUCAGCGUCACUAUGACUGGGGUCUACGCGCGCUGAAGGCGGCGGUGGGCAGCUGCGGCGCUGCGCUGGGUCCACUGCACCACGCCCCCGAGCCCCGCCAGCGCGCCGCACUGCGCCGCCUGCUGAGACUCAACAAUAUCUCCAAACUCACCAGCCACGAUGCACAAAGAUUUGAAAGCAUUUUGUCCAUGGUAUUUGCCGGCGUGCCGGAAGAGGAGACAACUGUUGAUCCAAUAGUUGACGCAUUAAACUCUGCUGCUCGAGAUCUUGGAUUAAUUCAUAACAAAGAUCAGAUCCAAAAGUGUAUAGAGUUGUAUGAGCAACUGCAACAACGUAUGGGCGUGGCAAUAGUGGGACCUCCCGGCUCCGGGAAAUCGACCAUUAGAAGAUUACUUAAAGCUGCGUUGUCACAACAAGGGCAAAGCAUAGCAGAGUACAUGAUAUACCCGAAGGCGAUGAGCCGGCGCUGGCUGCUGGGCCACAUCGAGCCCGACACCAGGCAGUGGACAGACGGCGUCAUCUCCACCGUCGCCCUGCAGCUCGCCACACAACCGCACGAGGUGUCAUCGUGGGUGGUGUGCGACGGAGACGUGGAGCCGGAGUGGGUGGAGGCGCUGAACUCUGUGCUGGAUGACAACCGGCUGCUGACGUUGCCGUCGGGCGCGCGGGUGCUGCUGCCGCACAACGCUCACUUCCUCUUCGAGACGCACACGCUGGAGCACGCCUCGCCCGCCACCGUCUCCAGGCUCGGUAUUAUACUGCUGAGUGAGGAGUACAGCUGCGCAGAGGAAGUAUUGGAAAAUUGGAUACGUAAAGCUGAAUUGGAAUCAGAGUUGGGGAAGUUAGCUCUACCCAUACUGCACCAAGCUAUUAAGAAAUCAAUCGGCUGGUUCGAGAAACACAAAUCCGAUGUCACAAUGAAGCUCUACACCGUUACUAUGGUGAAGCAAAUAUUAACUCAAUUCGAAUACGCAAUGGACAACGACGGAACCAACAAUGUCGGUAUAUCACCAGAAGAAUUAGUUUACUUGUCUAUACAGAGGAGCGUGUUGGGAAUUAUAAAAGACAGUGCUCUUGACAGCUUUUAUACAGAGAUAUCGUGCUACCUGGGCCCGGCAGUGGGUGGGCGUGGUCCGGGCGGGGAGUGGGCGGAGACGCUGUACCUGUCGCCGCGCCUCGCCCACUGCGAGCUCGUACUGCGCGCGGCAGUCGCCCAGCGUGCGCACGCGCUGCUCAUAGGACCACACGCGUGCGCUAAGAAUAUAAUGGCCGAAUAUGUUUUGAAGGAAUCUAAUUCGACAGUCAUAACGAUCGAUUGUACACCGAUAUUGGAGCCGGCUGAUGUUAUUGCAGAAUUGAGAAGGAGCAACGCCGUGCGGUCCGGCGGACAGGUUGGGGGUGGGGGUGGGGGUGGGGGCGAGGAAGGCCGCGUGACGCUGCUGGUGCGCGAGCUGCACCGCGCGCGCCGCGACGCCUGGGGAUCCUGCGCCUUGCAUGCAUUUCUACUGCAGUUGGUGCAGCAGGGCGGGUUCUGGUCACAAGAGGAGGGCGGGGCGCAGUGGAGCCGCACCGCGCACGCGCACCUCGUGGCCACGGCCCACUCCAGCGCUGUCGCCUCCCUCUCGCCCCGGCUAGCCGCUCAACUACAAACACUUGUCAUCACUGAACCAGACGAAGAAGAACUUGCCGAAUUAGCAAGAAAAACCAUACUGGAAAAUAUACCUAAAGCGAUAUCGGGACAAGAAGUGUCCCAGUUGAUUGAUAACAUGUUGGCAAUGUUUAAGGAGGUAACUGAAACGUUUACUGUUCGGCCACAUUAUAAAUGGGACGCGUCACACUUGAAAAAAUGGUGUGAAAGUGUCAGGUGGUACACCACAUCCACCUCCGCUGAGUUACAUUGGGCGGUAAAAGCGGAAGCGGACUCGUUAUUUAAAAACAGACUAGUCUCUGAUGAAGAAAAAGCUGAAUAUGGUGUUAUUUUAAAACGAUACCUAAAGCAUAGUGACAAUGAUAGGUUUUUCUUCAAACCGCGAGUACGUAGUGACGGUGUGUACCUCGAAGCGGUCGAAUAUGAAGUAUGGUAUCAAGAUACACAGAAACUUAUAAAUCAGUGCUUAACUGAAAGUGACGACAAUGUGUUUACUGAAACUGGAAUCGAAGCCUGCGUAGAACUGGCCAUCCUCUGCCCCGCUAUAGCUAGAGCUACAAACGGGGGCGUGGCGGUGUGUGUGGGCGGGGCCGGGUGUGGGCGGGGCGCGGCCGCCGCGCUCGUGGCCGCCGCCCUCUCCGCCGCACUCUACACCAUACAUCAACAUAAACAAUUCGCUACUACAUUUAAAAAUGCUCUAUCCUCUGCUGGUGAGUGCACGCGUACUAUAGUUGUGGUGGAGGAGCGUGCGGUGUGCGACGACACGCUGGCGUACCUUGAGGCGCUGCGGAGUGCGAGCUCGCUGCACGCCGUGCCCGCCGACAUCAUGCCGGCACUCGCGCACUCGCAACACACUCAACAUCUACUCCACAAUAUAAAGCAACAUUUAGCUAUUGUCAUUUUGCUAAAUAAAGACCAAGAGAACUUACCAGAUUUGUUUGAGAACUAUCCGUUCCUCCGCAACGACAGUUAUAUUGUGUGGCUGGAACGUUGGUCGGAAGAAACAUUGCGGCAAAUGCCCGUCUUGAUAAUACAGAGGUUAUUGAAAGAAAAUGUAUCGGAAGUUACAAAAGAAGAUGUAGACAGUAUUCCUAUAGACGGCUUCCUCAGUAUCUACAACAAUGUUGAAGCGGGGUGGCUGCGAACGCCCUCGAGAUACGUCAACUUUGUCAAAUCGUACUACUUUAUACUCAGUAAGAAGAAGACCGAACUCAUACAGAGGAAAACCAUGCUAACGUGCGGUGUAGAGGCACUACAACGUGCCCGGGGCGAGGUGGCGACGCUGCAGCAGCAGGCGGGCCAGCAGGAGGUGGAGCUGUCGGAGAAGCAGGCGGCCGCCAACCACGCCCUGGACCAGAUCGGCGCCACAGUGCGCGCCACCACAGACAAGAAGGAGGAGAUGCACGCUCUCAAGAAGAACAUAGAGAUUGAGAAUGAAAAGCUGCAGAUAAGGAAGAAGGAAAUUGAAGCAGAGUUAGCAUCGGUAGAACCGGUGAUCAAGGCGGCGAGAGCUGCCGUCGGGGAUAUACGGCCGGAGUCGCUCAGCGAGGUGCGGUCACUGCGCGCGCCGCCAGAGGUAGUGCGCGAUGUGCUGGAGGGCGUGCUGCGGCUCAUGGGCAUCGCAGACACCUCCUGGCACUCCAUGAAGACAUUCCUCUCCAAGCGGGGCGUCAAGGAGGAUAUAAGAUGCCUGGACGCGAGUCAGGUGAGCUGGGAGGCGGUGCAGUCAGUGCGGCAGCUGGUGUCGCGGCGCGGCGCCUCCUUCGAGCCGGCGGCGGCGCGGCGAGCCAGCGCGGCCUGCGCCCCGCUCGCCGCCUGGGUGCGCGCCAACCUCGACUAUGCUGAGGCACUGGCUCGCGUCACCCCUCUCCAGCUGCAGCAGGCGCAGCUGCACAAAAAUCUACAGGAGGCGGAGGCGGAGCUAUCGGCGCUGUCGAGCGGGCUGAGCACGGUGGAGGAGCGCGUGGCGGCGCUCAAGGCGCAGCUCGGACUGCACAGCCGCGACGCCGCCGCACUCGAACUCAAGCUCAGCGAGGCCAAGAAGACUCUGCACGACGCGCACAAUCUACUGGAUCAGUUGGCCAAUGAGUACGACGCCUGGGAACUCGAUCUUCAACACAUAUCAAAAGAGACAGUGGACGUGAGCGUGCGCUCGCUGCUGGCCGCCGCUUAUGUGGUCUAUCUGCCGGACUUGACGGAGCCGCAAGCCAGAGAUUAUAUAAGAAAAUGGAGUAAAUUGGUUGGGUUCGAAGACGAAUCGUUCUCUGUGAUCAACUUCCUGGCGUCGGCGGAGAAGCAGCUACGAUGGGAGGCAGAGGGACUGCCGAUUGAUCAGACUGCUUUGAAAAAUGCUGUUGUUAUAGACCAGGCUUUGGAGGCCAACAAAUGUGGGUUAACGCCUCUGGUGUUGGACCCCGAGGGCGAUAUGGAGGUGUGGCUACGGCGCACCCUCGCAGACACACCCUGCGAGUUCGUCCCCCACCACAGCGACAAGUUGCCCACCGCAAUGCAAUACGCCAAUCGUUUGAACCGUAUCCUAGUGAUAACAGAAGUGGAGGUGUGGCGGACGCCCCGAGUGCCCGCGCGCCGCCCCUGGCUGCUGCUCAGUCCCGCCCACCUCCCGCCCCCCACCCUGUCCGCCACCCUCUCCCCGCUGCGCUGUGCCGCCACUCUACACGCACUCACAGAUCAACUCGUCCAUUAUGCGCUACAACAAAGAAACCCCGAAGUUAAUGAAAAAACUAAAGAGAUCAGAGUCAAGAAAGCCGCCUUACAAAAGCAACAGUAUGAAUUACAAGAAAACCUACUAAAAGAGCUAUCAAAGAACAGCGACAUCCUUCACGACGCCAAUCUCCUCGCGUCACUGAACAAGACGCGCACAACAGCGGCGACCAUCAGCGAGUCGCUGGAGGCGGCGCGUGCGCUGGAGGCGGAGUCUCGCGCCGCACGCACCACGUACGAGCCCGCCGCCGCGCGCGCAGCUCGCCUCGCACUCGCCCUCAAGGACCUCGCCACACAGCGACCUCUGCUGGCACUCACCCUUCAUACUAUACAAGAGGUGUUUGUUGAUGCACUACACAAAACUGCAAACGAGAACAAUAUUAAAAUCGACCAGUUUAUGAAAUAUUUGACUCGACGUAUUGUGGAAAGAGUGUUGUUGAGUUUGCACAAAAGAGACAAGUAUAUAGUAGUUCUACAUAUAUUGAAACAAGUAUAUGAAGAUCUGAUGCCGGAUAAUUUGUGGAAUGUGUUUAUUGGAAAUUUCAAUACAUUGGAAGAUCAGAACAUUGUUAAAGAGAUUAAAAACAAAUAUCUCUGGGUACCAGAAGAAUGUGUUAAGAAGUUAGCUCAAUUGAAGGUAAACAACGAAGAUCUGUUCAGUAAGAUGUGUCUAGACAAUGAGAGUGUGUGGGCGGAGUUUCUGCGGUCGGGCGAGCUGAGCGCCCUGCAGCGGCUGCAGCUGAGCGGGCUGGAGCUUGCCGCCGCAGUCAGCGUGCUGCGCCCUGACGCUCUCUACAGGGCUAUUGUUGCAGUUGUCGAUGACAUCUUAGGUGGGGGUGUGAUGAGUCGCGGCGAUGUGGUGGGUGUGGCUGUGAGCUGGACGCGCACUCGCCCCGCCCUGCUGCUGGCAGCGCAUGCCGCUGACGUGCUCGCCGCACACGCAAACAAACUCGUACAGGUGGGCGUGGCGGAGGGUCCGGAGGCGUGGCGCGGCGCACUGGCGGCGUGUGCGACAGGUGGCUGGCUGGCGAUCAUUGUCGGUGCUUCGCCCUUCUCACGGGAAUUGCACCAUUUCUUGAUCGAGUACACUCAACGCCCGAUUGAAAAUUUCAACAGCGAUUUUCGCCUUUGGGUGGUAGCUGAAGACCGUGAUAUACCAUCGUACAUAUCCUCCCUUUGCGUUACUGUUAUUCUAGAGCCGCCGGAGGGCGUGAAGCAGAACAUGUUGGGCACGCUGAGCGCGUGGGGCGCGUACUCUGCCUCGGGCGCGCUCGUGCGUCUGCACGUCUGCCUCGCGCUGCUGCACGCGCUGGCGCAGGAACGACGCGCGUACAUACCGCACGGAUGGAGUGAGUGGUACGCGUGGGAGUGGGGCGAGGUGCAGGCGUGCGCGUGGGGGGCGCGUGCGGUGCAGGAGAGAGUUGCGCUGCAGGUGGUGGGCGCGCUGUGCGGGGCGCUGUACGGCGCGCGCGUCGCGCAGCCGGCGGACUUGCGCGUGCUGGCGGCGCUGCUGCGCGUCUGUCUGGCUGAGCGCGCGCUGGCACAGCACUGGUCGCCGCCCGGAGUUCACCACCCGCUGCCAUACAUCAACCAACUACAAGCGUAUGUCCCUGCACUGGAGGCGUGGCCGAGCCUCGACCCGCCGCAGCUGCUGGGCUUGCCGGCCAACUGUCGCCUCGCCUGGGAGAAUAGCGCCGCUAACAAUAUAAUUAAUGGACUCAAAGAAUUCACGAAUACAGUGAACGUGAAAACCGAUAACAGCGUCACACCGCUCAAGUCCCUGCUGGCGCUGUGGAAGAAGCUGAUGUCGGGCUGCCCGCUCUUAAAGCCCGACUACCAGCCCGACAAGGAGGGGUCAGGGUGGUGGGGCUGCGUGUGCGGCGGAGAGGUGCGUGAAGCCGCGGCCGCCGUGCGCCGCGUGCACGUGGCCCUCGCUGCACACGCGCGCUCGCCAACACAUGAGCAAACGCACGCCCUGCUUACGGUGCCGGAGGAGUGGCAGCUGCAGUGGGCGGGGCCGACCGAGCCCGCCGCCUAUCUGCGUGAGCUGAGCGUGCGCGCGCGCGCCUCACAUCAACGCAUACAAGAGCAAUUUGAUUCUGAUUAUUUGCCGACAGAGAUAGACCUACGCACGUUGAUGCGUCCUGAGCGCUUACUGUGUGCUCUGCGAGCGCAUACGGCGGCUCGUCUUAAGCGCCCGCUGCACCAAUUGAUACUCACCUCGCACUGGGAAUGCACCAAGGGUGAAAACGACGAGAUUCCGUAUCUUGUUGUAAAGGGGUUGCGUCUGAGCGGAUGCGAGUGGCGCGGGGCGCUGUGUGCGGCGAGUGCGCGCGCGCCCGCACACUGCCCCGCACCGACACUGCUGCUGCGCUAUGUGCCCAGCUCUGAGGCGGGUGUGGGUGUGGGUGUGGGUGUGGGGCGCAGUGUGGAGGUGCCGGUGUACAGUAGCGCGGCGCGCGAGUCGUUGCUGUGGGAAGUGCGCGCGCCGCUCGCCGCAGACUACGACGGCGACGCCGCUGUACUCAAUGCCGUCGCACUGUUCAUCGCACCCCUCGAUUAGAUUUAUUCACACGCUUUUAAAUGUUACAUUUUGUUCGUUUGCAAAUAUUGGU